CUAUCUCUUAAACUGUGCACCUGAAGGCUUUUUUUCGAUUGUGUUUUUUUUAGACGAUUAAGAACGAUUUUGAAGAUAUUUUUCCAAGAUGUCUUUGAUACUGAAAUUGACGCUGCUUGGCGCGAUCGCAGUAGGAUGCAUAGAAGGGCAUGGGUACAUGGUAUCUCCUGCAGCCCGCAACUCCGCCUGGAGGUUCGGCUUCGGUACCCCAGCGAACUAUAACGACAAUGAACUCUACUGCGGUGGUCGGACGGUUCAGCAUGGAAGGAACGGGGGCCGCUGUGGAGUGUGCGGCGACCCCUGGGACGUCCCAGAACCGCGUCCUCAUGAGCGCGGAGGUAGAUUCGGGAGGGGAGUCAUUACUGAAACGUACACCGAAGGUCAGGUCAUACCUGUGACCAUCCACAUGUCGGCCAAUCACAGGGGUCACUACGAAUUCCGGCUGUGCAACAACAACAACCCCAACGCCAAGGACUCACAGCGGUGCCUCGACAAACAGCUGCUGGAACUGGCUGACGGAUCUGGAACCCGCUACGCCCUGGAAGGUGGCAUUCGGGGCAGACACACCGUGCACGUUCAGUUGCCGCCAAAGCUUAGUUGCUCUCACUGCGUCCUGCAAUGGACCUGGGUUGCUGGAAACAACUGGGGUUACUGCCCUGACGGCACCGGCAGGAACGGAUGUGGACCUCAGGAGACUUUCGUGAACUGCGCCGAUGUGCGCAUCCUGCAAAAAGGACAGGUUACCAACGGGUCGAACUCCAACUCAAGCUCAGGAAACAAUAAUUCAGUGAGGCCUUUGAAGCCCAACUCAGGCCCUAAGAAACCUGUCUACAAGAAGCCUUAUUACCCACCUGGCUGGAAGCAGAGUCGAACUGGCGCCAGUUCGCCAUGGCAGAACAUCCUCAGAGGUUGAAAGGAGGCAUUCCUGGAAUUUGCAGUUUUUAAUCGUUAAACAAUCCAAGUAAACUCGAUUGUCCUGGUACAAGCUUUAAUUAAUCUAAGUCUUCUGGUACAAGCUUUAAUUCAUCUAAGUUCUGGUUUCAUUCAAAAUGUAUUUAUGGAUAAACUUCUUUAUUUGUGAAUUUAUGAAUCAACUUCUUUAUUCAUUC